AUGGGAAAUAAUCACAAUAAGUACUUCAACCAAAAUAAAAGAAAGGUUUUGAUUCUAGGAUUAUCAUCUUCUGGAAAGACGACUCUGCUGAGAAUGAUUAAAGGAGAUGAGAAAGGUAAAGGGUCUCUUCAUACUCCUACUGAUAUGUUUAACAAUGAACAAAUUAAGAUCAAGAAAAAUAUUGAGCUUGAUAUUUGGGAUUUAGGUGGCAAACUCCCUCAUUUAUGGGUGCAUCAUUUCAAGGGCUCCUAAGGAAUCAUAUAUAUGAUAGAUGGCGUUAGUACUCUCAAUAAUGAUUAGAAAAAGCAAUCUGCUAUCUAGGAAUUAUUGAAUGUAUUAGUGGGUAAUGCCAAUAUUCCUAUUAUUGUUUUUAUAAACAAUAAAAACAGAAACUUUGCUGAGAAUAGCAGCAAGCAGUCUGAUUAGAGAUGCAUAGAUGAGGAAUGGCUAAAAGAUAAUGUUUUUGAUAAACUUGAUAAUAUACGUAAAUAUAUCCCAUUGCUUUAAUUUAACACUAAUUUAGAUAAUUAUAAGAUCAAGAUAUUAAUAGGAAAUCUAAUAAUGGAGAAAGGAUUAGAUUAGCUCUAGAUUAGUAAAGGAGAGACCAAUAUAAUCUAUGAUUGUGUCAACUACUUGAUUGAUAAUAUGAAACCCCUUUGA